AUGCAAUGUAUCUCGAACUUGCUGGAGACCUUUCGUCAAUUGCACUGUCAGCAAUCUGGCAACGGCACUUUUGCUGAAAAGGAAUUACGAUUAGCCUAUGAACGCUGCAUUCGCGAUGAAAGCGUGUCAUCAUACUUCGUAAACGCCCAAAUAUUUUGGCAUUUCAAUCCUCCAAACGCCCCUUACAUGGGUGGCUUCUGGGAAGCUGGUAUAAAACGUAUCAAAUAUCAUCUUAAACGGGCCUUAGAUACUUCGCUUCUAACUUAUGAAGAAUUUGCAAGAGUACUGACUGAAGUUGAGGCAUAUGUAAACUCGCGUCCUAUUUGCUUUAUUCCUACAAAUGUAAAUGAUUUCGAAGUCCUCACUACUGGACACUUCAUGAUUGGCGAACCGAUAAAGGGGCUUCCCGACCCUGACGUUGAGGUGUUCAAGGGAAUUAUAUUUCAACGUUGGCAAGUCAUUGUGUCAAUUAGACAACACUUCUGGAAUCGAUGGCGAGACGAGUAUCUUGUAAGUCUUCAACGUCGUUCGAAAUGGAUACGUUCAACGCCGAAUUUGCAGAAAGAUGAUAUCGUUAUCAUUACAUGA